AUAGAAGGCUCUGAAUUCACUUCCCAGCCCCCCUCCCCCAAAGUAUAGGAAGAGUGGGUACAGGACAUCAUUGCCCAAGACUCCAAGUUGGGGAGCUGCUGAGGUUAGUGCAGUGCCCACCACGCCUGAUCACUGCCCUGCCCCCUGCAGGUCUGGCCGGAGCCACCAUGGCCUCUCAGCUUCCGGGGUUGGCUGAGGAGUCAGAACUGGCCGUGAACCCCUUUGACGGGCUGCCCUUCUCCUCCCACUACUAUGAGCUGCUGGCACAGCGCCGCACCCUCCCCAUCUGGGCCACUCGGUUUGCCUUCCUGGAGCAGCUGGAGAGCAGCCCCAGCGGGGUGGUGCUGGUGUCAGGGGGUCCUGGCUCUGGCAAGAGCACCCAGAUUCCACAGUGGUGUACAGAGUUUGCACUGGCCAGGGGCCUCCAGAAGGGCCGGGUGACCGUCACUCAGCCCCAUGCUCUGGCUGCCCUGAGCCUGGCGCUGCGGGUUGCUGAUGAGAUGGACCUGACGGUGGGUCAGGAGGUGGGAUACAACAUCCCACAGGAGGACUGCACCGGGCCUGACACACUCCUCAGGUUCUGCUGGGACAGACUGCUGCUGCAUGAGGUAGCCUCUACUCGGGGCACAGGAGCCUGGGGGGUGCUGGUGUUGGAUGAGGUGCAGGAGCGGUCAGUGGCCUCAGAUUUACUCCAGGGGUUGCUGCGAGAUGCCAGCCUGGGGACUCUCCCAGGGGACCUCAAAGUGGUCGUGAUUACUGACCUGGCCUUUGAACCCGAGCUCCAAGCCUUCUGGGGCAACCCUCCAAUUGUACAUGUCCCCAGAAACCCUGGGGAACACCCCACCCCUGACUACAAGGAGACGAUCCCCACGGAUCGAGUGGAAGCAGUCUGCCAAGCGGUGCUGGGACUGUGUCGGCAGGAGGCACCAGGAGAUGUGCUGGUCUACCUGCCCAGCGAGGAGGAAAUCUCUCUGUGCUGUAAAGCCUUGUCCAGGGAAGUGAGGCAUUGGACUCUCCCAGAGCCUCCACUGCAGGUGCUGCCCUUGCACCCUGGCCAGGGCCACGCUGUUUUAGCCGUGUAUGAGCACUCAGAUGCAGGCGCCCGAAAGGUUGUGGUCACACACUGGCUGGCCGACUUCUCCUUCUCACUCCCUUCGAUCCACCACGUCAUUGAUUCUGGCCUGGAGCUUCGCAGUGUUUACAGGCCCCAGAUCCGAGCAGAAUCCCAGGUGCUGAGGCCCAUCAGCAGGUGUCAGGCAGAAGCCAGGCGUCAGCGGGCAAGAGGGUCCCCACCUGGAUCUUGUCUCCGCCUGUACCCUAAGUCCUUCUUAGAACUAGAUGCCCCCCCACUGCCCCACCCCAGGGUGUGUGAGGAGAAUCUGAGCCCCCUGCUGUUGCUGCUGAAGAGGAAGCAGAUCGCAGAGCCCGGGGACUGCCACUUCCUGGACCGGCCAGCCCCAGAAGCACUGAUGCAAGCCUUGGAAGACUUAGACUAUCUAGCAGCCCUGGAUGACGAUGGGGACCUGUCGGACCUGGGCAUCAUCUUAUCCGAAUUUCCACUGCCUCCCGAGCUGGCCAAAGCCCUGCUUGCUGCGUGCGAGUUCUGCUGCGUGGAGGAGAUGCUCACCCUCGCGGCCAUGCUCAUGGUUGCCCCUGGCUACACCUUCCCUCCACGCUGUGCUGAAGAGGCCGCCUUGCGCCGGGCUCUGGAACACUCAGAUGGCGACCACUGCUCCCUGAUCCAGGUCUAUGAAGCCUUCGUGCAGAAUGGAGCAGACCAAGCCUGGUGUGAAGUGCGAGGUCUCAACUGGGUAGCACUGUGCCAAGCCCAGAAACUUCGAGACGAGCUUCGAAAACUCAUGCAACGAAUUGAACUUCCCUUGUCAGAGCCAGCCUUUGGCUCUGAGCAGAAUCGCAGAGAUCUUCAGAAAGCGCUGGUGUCAGGGUACUUCCUCAAGGUGGCCCGAGACAUAGAUGGGUCUGGGAAUUACCUGCUCCUGACCCACAAGCAUGUGGCCCAGCUCUCCCCACACUGCUGCUACCGAAGCCGCCGGGCCCCGGCCAGACCCCCCCAGUGGGUGAUCUACCACAACUUCUCUGUUUCCACAGACAACUGCCUUUCCACUGUCUCCGAGAUUCAACCCCAGAUGCUGGUAGAGUUGGCCCCUCCGUACUUCCUGAGUAAUCUGCCCCCCAGUGAGAGCAGAGACCUGCUGAACCAGCUGAGGGAAGAGUUGGCAGAUGGUCCAGCUGGUCCUCCCAAGGGCUCCGACUUCUCUUCCAGCCCAGAGUUUGGAGAUGCCUGUGUCCUCCAGUGA